GCUGAAUUUUUCAACCCCACUGUCCACCAACAUUGUUUCUGUGUGCCAGGCUUCUGGACUGGAGGCAGUGGAACGAGUGGAGACUACCCGGCGCUACCGGCUUUCAUUUGCCCACCCUCCUUCGGCUGAGAUAGAAGCCAUUGCUCUGGUUGCCCUCCAUGACCGGAUGACGGAGCAGCACUUUCCCAAUCCCAUCCAGAGCUUCUCCCCUGAGAACAUCCCGGCCCCUCUUCAUGGUCCCAUUAACAUACUGGCUGAGGGUCGGGCUGCCCUGGAGAAAGCCAACCAGGAGCUAGGUCUGGCUCUGGACUCCUGGGACCUGGAUUUCUACACCAAGCGCUUCCAGGAGCUUCAGCGGAACCCGAGCACUGUAGAGGCCUUUGAUUUGGCUCAGUCCAAUAG